ACAAGCUAGCAACCAAGCAGCAAUCCAUUAAGCUUCAACCUUAAAUGGACACAAAGCUUAACAUUAGUCAGUUUACAACGUUAACAGAAACAGAAGCGUUAGCCAAACCAGCUACAUAACGUUUAGAGUGCAAAUGUAAUUGCAUAGCGCAAGACAUGCACCAACGUCUAGUUAGCUAGUCCAGAGCUAGCUACAGUAGCCAGACACCCUUGCUUUGUUGGUCGAAUUGAAAAUGCGUUCUCAAAAACAUCAAGCCAACACAUCUGGCAGGUUUCUCGCCCCCACGGUCAACACCUAUAAACUGCACCUUGCAGGAGUGAAGUCUAUGAUUCCGGAUAGAUAUGCGAGGCCGCUUAACAUACGGUUGUCUAAAGACACCUCCAAAGAAAUAAACAUGGACGCCCUGAGAACAAGUCCAUUAAAACAAGAGAGUAAGUUUAAUGCACAUGGUAGACUUCACCACACACCUGUGGCCUUUGUCAAUGAGGUUGGGGGUCCUGAGCGGACUCUCCUACCUCCUGCGGCUGCUGUGCCUGGUGAGAUGACUGGGGAGCUGGGGACCAGAGUGAAGCCUCGGAGAGCUACCCACAGUGCUGGAGCUAGCUACUCCUAUAGUGCAUUACUUCUGAGCCAUCCAGCAACUGAUACUGCAGGUGAUGUUGAGACACAUCACAAAAGUUCUUCUCCUGGAUUUCCCAUCGCCUUUCAUUCCCGUGACGACUGUGCUUCGAGUCCAGAGCGACUAGAUUUGGACAGACGUGGUCUGGAUAAGUGCCCUCUACUAGAGGGUAUGGAUAAGCUACAACUACUCAACUUGCAGCACAAUUUCAUCACUCGUGUUCAGAAUCUGUCACAUCUUCAGUGCCUGGUCUUCUUAGACCUCUAUGACAACCGCAUCUCUGAGAUGACCGGUAUCUCAGUCCUGAGCUCUCUUCGGGUUCUUAUUCUUGGCAAAAACAGAAUCCAGAGGAUGUGCAGUCUGGAGAACCUGAACCAACUUGACGUGCUGGACCUACAUGGCAAUCAGAUCUCCCGCAUAGAGAACGUGUCCCACCUGAGUGAGCUGCGUGUGUUGAACCUGGCCAGCAACAACAUCUCCAGGGUGGACAAUCUGCGAGGCCUGGACUCUCUGACGGAGCUUAACCUGCGUCGCAACUGCAUCUCUGCUGUGACAGAGGUGGAUCAGCUGCCCUGCCUACAGCGCCUCUUUCUCAGCUGCAACAGCAUCAGCAGUUUUGACGACCUAGGCUGCCUGGGAGAGUCGUGCUCCCUGUCUGAACUCACCCUGGAUGGGAACCCCGUAGCCCAGGAGACAUGGUACAAGCAGGCUACCCUGCGCUGCCUUCUUCAACUCCGACAGCUGGACAUGAAGCGCAUCACCGAGGAGGAGAGACGCAUGGCGUUUGUGUGGACCCGGAAGGAGGAGGAGAAGAAAAAGGAGAAUUCCAAGCAGCUCUCUCAAAAGGAGAAGAGGCGUCUGGCCAUUCGUAAUGCAGCGCAGCAGUGGGAGGGUCUACGGGCCUGUCUGGAGCUGCCGUCCCAGAACGGAGCCAAGGACGAGGUCAGCCCAGAGAACAGCCCCGCCCACAGCCCGGCCCAGACCAAUGGCCUCGCACUGGAGCCCUCCCCAGAUGAGCCCAGGCGAGUGAGCCCAGUGUCAGCCCCGGAUCGACCAACAGGGGGCAGCGAGGAACAGGCUGCGCUCCACCAGUCGCCCCAACCACCACCUGAUCCCCGGCUCCUGGAGGCCGGGGGCUCCAGCGUACAGAGCCUGUCUCUCUCCGACAGCCACCUGGCAGAGCUGGACGGUGACACGCUGCGCCUGUUUGGCCCCGGGGCUCUGGAGGCCCUGGAGAGAGGCUGGGGGGUCCAGACAGCUGGGGCCGUCACGGUCAUAACCUUCCGCUACAUCCACUUUGACGCCAUCGUGCCAACACUGCCACGCAUAAGAGUCAAGUUCCCCAAUUUAGCGCAUCUCGUCUUCCUAGAGAGCAACCUCAGCCGUCUGCCCCAGCUGGCAGCGCUGGCCCAGGUGAGGCGUCUGGACCAGCUGACCAUCCACCCCGAGGGCAACCCCGUGGUCAGCCUAGCGCUGUGGCGCUCCUUCCUCAUCUACCGCCUGCACCACUUCAACUUGCAGAGGGUCAACGGGCUGGAGGUGACCAUGAAUGACGUCAUCACUGCCGAACGUUUGUUUGGGACGUUAGGCCACAUCGCUGCCACAGAGACCCCUCGCUGUCGUCUGCUUCUACUGCUGGAGGAGUCCAGGAAGCGUCAGCUGCAGUUCCUGCUGGACGGCCGUGGGCGCCGGGCGGGCCUCAGCCCUGAGGAGCUGAGAGAGAACGGCAGGCUUCUGGGGGAGGGCCUGAGCAGAGCGCUCUUCAACUACCCCAGCCGAGAUUGCAGCGCAGAGAGUCCCGAGGAGGGCGGUGUGGAGUCAUCGGAGCGCAGCGCUGUGGCGGAGCAGUACCUGCGUGAGCUGGUCCAGAGGGCCUCUGACACCAACCUGAAGGGCGAGGCCCUCCACAAGCUGUGGCCCUCAAUGUUCACAGACAUGGUGAGGGACUGCGUGCUGGAGAUGAAGGACCAGCCAGCCUUCCGCCAGGCCUCCCUCGCUAGGCUCUCCCAGAGCAAGUCUCUGCACAACAUCACAGGUGAUCUGGAGCUGAGCUUAUGCUAUGAGACAGGAGCUCUCCCCUCUGCAUGUUGUGCCAUGCUCAGGAAGGUCCAGGGCUUGCUCAGGGUCCUGUGGGCUGGAAUGUCCCUGUAG